UACUAAACACAUUGUUGUAUAACUAUCACCGAUCGACGAACAAAAUGGCUGCAGAGGGAGUAGAGACGGGCGAUGAAUGGACUGUACGUCAAACAAACUACAUCACCAUACGCUUGGUGGGACAGACCGGACAUGGAAAAAGCGCCACUGGAAAUAGCAUUCUGGGCAAGAAAACUUUCCUGUCAGAGUUAUCUUCUGGUUCCGUGACAAGCGCAAUUGAACGAGCGGUUGCUGUACGGAAAGGGCGUCGAAUCGAAAUUGUAGAUAGUCCUGGAUUUGUUGAUACAUGAAAAGGGAAAAAGUUCGUAAGGAAUAGUCUCACACAAGCUUUCUUCCAAGCUCUUCCUGGCUUUAAUGCAAUUGUUUGCGUCCUGUAUCCGGGCAGAUUUACCGAUGAACUGGUCAAAACAGUGUAUCUUUUCUUUAAGUUCUUCGAAAAAGGUGUUGGAAAAUUUGCAUUUAUUUUGUUCACGCACAUUAAAUCGAAAGAGAAAAUGAAUGAAUACAUACAGAAUGCUAUGGACCAUCCAAUAGGCAACGUGAAGACCCUGUCGGAACUCAUAGAAAAGUGUAAGAGCAAGGUUAUGUGCAUCGAUAACGAAAUGAAAAACGCAGAUUCAAGUCAUGGUUGAUGAAAUUAUACAAUAGAUGCCAACACAGUUCGUCUAGGACAAAAUUAUUUUACUAACGAAAUGUUUCAGGAGGCAAUGAAAUUUGCAGAUAAGGUGUAUGCAAAUGUUGAAAUUAGCCAGAUAUAAAAGAAGCUAAGUGGAAGUUCAACUACUACGGACGAAACCAAUAAUAUAAAUAAACAUGAGAAGGCGAACAAGACCAGUACAGAUGAAAACGAACAGAAAGUGCGUCGCCUUUGCCAAAUGUUUGAAUCGGACGCAUCAGAAAUAAAAAUGUUGAGGCGAGAACGUCUUAACAAUAAGCAUUGGAAAAGUACAGGCGAUUUGCAAAAACGAUUCAGUAUAACUUCAUUUCAUGAAGUUGGUAACGCUAUCGAAGCAAAGGAUGAACCAGAGAUACGUAUUGACUAUCGGUCGUCAAUUGGAACAACAUCACGUGAUGAAAGAUCGCUUACAAACGAAAAGAGUUUGGAAAAAAAAACUUCCAACCAGAGAAAGAUUCACAGGAACCUUUCCUCAACAUCUAAAUAUGAAAUUACAAGAAGGCUGGCAACGUGCCAAUCGAGACCAAGAGGUCGCACAUUCGAGUGAUUUCGAGCCAUAUGAAGCUGGAACACUUGAAGUCCCUGGCCGGAAAUACGACAAUUUUAAGGAGGAUCUUCAGGCAAAUAAAAUAUCAGUUCAUCGAGCAUUUACUGCAACUGCAAACCGGUUCGAAUUAAACAAUUAUCAAAAUUAUGUUAACAUACAACCACCAAGGUUGCUUCAUUGUUGUGUGAUUAUUUAAAAUAGCUGCGUUUAUUCAAAGGAAUCAAGACCAAGCAAUAUACUUCUUUUUGGAAAAUUGUCACGUUAUAUAGAAUUGACUGUUUGAUAAUUAAAACUUUUUGUACAUA